AUGGACGAUGAAAGUAUCAGCAGGAUUUGUGUGAGCGCUUUCACCGAAAGUGAUAUUGUGACGGCUAAGAACCUGUUGUUCGAUUCAAUACCGACGACAAAGCGGAAGAUAACCCGGAAGAAGGUCGGAAAAGCGUUACGCGAUAUAGAUGACAUCAUCUGCGUUAUCCGGGACACUGAUUCCGAGGAUAUUCCGGUCUUUGUGGCUCGCGACCUCGAAAAGCUACCCCCGGUUUUGUUCGAUCACGUCGACGUGACGAGGCUCUUGAAAGAUAUAGUCAAGCUAAAGCAUGAUCUCGAUAUAAUAAAGGAGGACUACGCUACUGUAAAACAGUUGGAAUUGUUGAAGGAUGAGGUGCAGUCACUACAACAUUCGUCGGUAAUUAACUACGGGCCUAAUGUAAACAAAAGGCGCGGAGCUUGUCUCUUGGACAGUUAUGAGUGUGCUAGCGGUCCCAUGGGGUUGACGCCGGUGUGUGAUGAGACCAUUGUGGAAUGUGAUAUGCAACACAAUGUUAACAGUUAUCGAUCUAUGACUCAUAAUCUAGUUUCAUCGGAGGGUAGCAAAACAUCGCCACAACCUGCACAAAAGGACACGGCUGACGCACGACGAGAAACGGACGGUAUGAGUCACAACAUAGACCAGCUGAUCGGGUCGGCGCACGCGCCUCAACCUGCGCUCGCGUCAUCAUCCCCGCCGCUGCCGUCGCUACCUACUGCGGUACGGCGGCCACAGCAGCCGACCGGUUCUAACGUGAGACAUACGGUCGCUCAGAUCGGAAGGGACCAACAAAAAUGUAUGGCUGAAAUAGUGCGGGAAGGGACUUGGAAGCCACAGACACAGAGCGACGAAUGGAUUCGUGUCCAAAGAAAAAGUUUGCGCAAUCGUUUUACGGGGAAACGUGGAAAAGCGAUCUUGGAGACUACAUCUAAUUUUAAAGCGGCGGAAAUCAAGAUCCCUGUUUACAUUUAUAAUGUGGCGAAGAGCGCGUCUGUGUGUGAUAUCACUGAUUAUAUCAUGAAAAAGACAAACAUCGAAGUUAAAAUAGAAAAAAUGGUGUACAUGCCUACCGAGUCUAAUGACAACUUAGUGGAAUUCACGGAAUGUCUCGGUGAAAUGACGGCCAUAAUUGAUAGUCACUGCGUGGAGUCAGUAUUUAUGUUAGGGGACUUCAACGCGUAUCCCGGCGCGUUUUCAAAUCAAAGUUAA